AUGAUUGCACCCGACUUGAACCGAGUUGGCAAGGAGCAUCGACGGACGUUGGCCAAGAACCUAGAGGAACGAGCCAAGGCGACCAGUUCCCCUCUGGGCGUUCGUUUGUCGAGUUAUUGUUCGAGGCGCCGCCCACGUCGUCCGCCUUGCCAACGCCUACAAAAGCCUUUUCGCUGCUUCACGUCCGCUUGUUCUCUUUGUCAGGUUUUUAACAUCUGGAAAAGACUUUGAUAGUUCGAAUAUUUUGAUCAGAAACAAUCCGAGGUUUUUUGAACUUAUUUUUUUCUAUUUGUAUCUUACUUGGGAACGUAUUUUAGCCCUCAGUUGAACUUUUGCUGAAACUUUGCUGAAGUGUACUUUAGGACCCCCUGAUUCCAGAACAGUCAAAAAAAAUUUCUCGCAAUAGAUCUCGUUUCCGAGUUAGGACACUUCAAAAGCCCGAAACGAAGCUUUCUCGGCCUAAUUUGCGUAUUUUGCACACUUUGAAGCUUUUCUAUCUAAAAAUUUUUCCCUGGUUAAAAUUUCACUUAUAUGAGUUUUAUUUAAAGCUUCUUGACUUUAAUCGAAAAAGCCUUUUCCAUAUUUUUGCCUUUUUCUUUGAUGACAAGGUUUACAAUUUUUCAGACAUAAUUCCAUUGCAUCAUCUUGAAAAAUCCUUUUUUUUUGAAAAACUUGUUUAUUUUUGUUUUUAAUUCUAGUUAUAUUGAUUCAAUGUUUCAUUGAAAGUUUAUUCGUUGCAAAUUCUUCCAAUUUUUAUUUAUGGACAGGCGGAACUGCAAACGUUUACAAAAUGCGAUCGGUAAAAUAUUAUAAUUUUCGUGACCUUGGUUAAAAAAAUUUUGGCGCGAAAUUUGAAAUCUCAAGUACGCAGUCAAAUGUAUUCUUCAUGCCGUUGAAUACUCAGUUUGAUUUGCAACGAUAGGUAGCUGUGACGUCACAGUCCUUUUAUCCGAAGCGCGCACUUACUUUUUUAUUGUAAAUUCAGAAAAUUUGACGCCUCGCUCACCUCACCCCGUUAGGAAUUCCGUGUUUACUAUGUUUUUGCGACUGCUGUUUUUCUCAGCGACUCUCUCAUGUUGCCGUGCUAUUUUCCUGUAUCUCUGACCUCAUCGGCGAGGGAACAGAGAGACGUAGACACUUGAAAAGUUUCAAGCCACAAUGACGUCAUUCAAAAACGCUCUGUGGAUGGCUCGCUCUCUGAUUGGUUUAUCGCAAGGUUAGGGGCGGAGCUUGAGCGACGACUUCAUAUUUGAAUUCUGAACAGUCAUUAGCGCCUUUUAAGUCGGCCAACUCACUAUAUAGUCUGUUCAGAUUUUGAAUGUCUACUCAUCGCUCAAACUCCGCCCCUUACGCGUAGAUCAAACCAAUCAGAGAUCGGGCCUCCCACUGAGCGUUUUUCCGGACGGAGAUGCUGCUGGAAAUUGA